GAUUUUUCAAUUUGCUUAUAAAAAAGAAAAGUACUUUUAUUAGCUUAUUGUUAUAUAUUUUUUAAUUAGUUUAAUUCUUUUAAACUGUUUUAUUUUCUGUUACUUAAAUAAUUGCUAACAGACGGUAUUAUUUUAUCUAUUUGUUUAUUUUACAUUUUGUUGAAUGAUUUGAUUUUUUUCACUGCAGCAGUGAAUCUUUAGAUUUUUAUUUAUUUGUUUUUUUUAAUACAAUUUAUUUAAUUGUAUUCCUGCACGUUAAUUACGUGUGGCGAUGGCGAGCGCGUGCCUGCAGCUGACCGGAUUUCUCCUGAGUUUUGUGGGGUGGAUCUGUGUGAUCAUCGCCACCUCCACCAGUGACUGGGUGAUCCGCUGUAAAUACGGCAUGAACACAUGCAGGAAGAUGGACGAGCUCGAGACUAAAGGCCUGUGGGAGGAGUGUGUGAUUUCCACCGCACUGUACCACUGUUACUCCCUCAACCAGAUCCUCGAGCUGCCCGUGUAUAUCCAGACAUGUCGCGCACUGAUGAUCUCAGCAUGUAUCCUCGGUUUACCCGCCGCAGCACUCCUGCUCUCCUCUAUGCCAUGCUUCCAACUUGGAAAUGAUUCGGUGAACGACAAGAACAAACGCUCAGCCAUCGGAGGAAUCCUGGUGCUCAUAGUGGCCUUGUUCGGUCUGGUGUCCACCGUCUGGUUCCCGGUUGGAGCUCAUCAGGAACUUGGGCUGAUGUCGUUCGGGUUUUCUCUGUACUCCGGCUGGGUGGGCGGGGCUUUGUGUCUCCUGGGGGGCUGCAUCCUCACCUGCUGCUCCAUUGACUCCACCCCCUCGUACCGCCAAAAUAGCCGCUACUCCUACUACUCCAAACAGAACCCGCCCACCAACCAGACUCCGCCCACCGGCAACCACGCCAAGACUGCACACGUCUGAUGGUUCUACAGUGCUAAUUACCCUCUAUCUCUCUCUCUUUCUCUCUCUCUCUAUCUAUCUGUCUCUAAAGGUAUAUAAUUGUAAAUAGAUUUUUUUACAAUCUCAUCAUCGGGAUUUUUAAAAAAAUGUGUUCAGUUUUUGAUGAUUUAAGUGAAUUAUAUCCAACAUUAACAUCCAGUUUUGUUAAACAGACUUCUUAUACUAAAGAGAUAGUUUUUUAAAUAAAUUGUUUUUUUUUUUUUGUUGUUAAUGUUAAUUUUUAUAUUUUAAUAUUUUUUAAAUGUUUUUGUAUAUUCAUUGUAAUAUUUUUAAACCUUUUCUUUACAUCCACUAUCUCUCUGGGCCUUUAUUCUCACUUUCUGAAUGAUUAUUCAGACGGUUAAUGUUUACUGAUUUUCAGGCUUUGAUAUCAUCUAUACACAAUACACAAAACAUUUCUACUUCCUGUCUUUAUUUACACUCUGGGCUUUUGCUAUCAGUAAGGCUGUAAAAAUUAACAACCAGGGUUGCCAGGUCUUUGUAUAAAAUCCAUCCCAAAAAAUAAUAAUAAUAACUAAAACCGGUCUAAUUCCAGUUCGAUGAAACCGAAGGAAGUCUUAAACUGCAGGUUGUGAAAUAAACUGCUAUAAAGUGCUAUCUCAUUAUUUAAAAUUAAUAACAUCUGGUUAGGUUGAAUUAUUAUAAAAUAAUAUUAUUAUUAUAUUUUUCUUAACAUUUAUAACUGGUUAUUAUUUUCAACUUACUAACUCAUUCUUUUGUGUUUUUAGUUCGUUGUUUCGAAAUAUUAACCCGUUAUUCCACAAUAUUACCUUAUUAUUACAAACUUGACUCCUAAUAUUUAAACUGUCGCAAAUCUAUAAUCAUAUUAUAUAAUGUCUUGUUAAACCUGAGUGUGUUUAAGUGAAUUAACAAUCAUCAGAUGUGUGUUUGGUUUAACUGAAUUCCACUAAAGCUUACUGAAUAUCUGAGAAAGAACUUCUAAGCUAAUAAUCAGUACAUUGGUCUGAUUGCUAGACUGCGCUGUGUUGAAUAUUAAAAUUGGAAUAAUGAGAAAUUAAGCUGAAUAGUAGUGAGUUAUUAAGACAAAAUAAUGAUAACUUAUUUAAGAUAAUAAGAUAUGUUGGAAUUAGAUAUUCACUGAAAAUAACAACAAAGCACAUCACCUUUUUUUCACACUUUAGCAGUUCAGGGCUUCUGUACGGUUAUUAACUUUAACUUAGUAAUUAAGUUAUUAUUAAUUAAGUUAUUAACUUAAUAAUAUUUACACAGCGGCACUGAGAAAUUUUAAUGCAAGUAAAUCUUAUUUCUGUAAAACCUCCAACCCCUAAUCUAUGGACAAAAAAAAGAAAAAAAGAACCUGGAAACCCUGCUAACAGUUUUGCUUAUAAUUGUAAAUGUUGAUUAAUUUAAAGUCAUUUUUGUGUUUUUUUUUUUUGAUAGAAAACAAAACAGAACUGUAACUCAAAUCACCACCAAAACAGCCUCGGACUUUGUUAUUUAUUAAAAAACACUUGUAUGUUCUUUUUUUUAUUUUAUUAAUGAAAUAAAAAGUGAUUUUUUUUCCAUAUCAAAGUGUCUCUUCUGAAGCUCAGAUCAGAUUGUGGACAUUUAUUUAUUCGGAUAACUGAAACCUGUCUAAUGUGGAAAAACAUUUACUUUACUUGGGGAAAUAACGGCCAUGUUGUUAAUGAUUACAUUAAUAAAA